AUGACAAAAGAACAACAACAACGCCUGCCACUUUCUAUACUAACUAUUGGUGAUUCGCUUACAGCUGGUUACUACAAUGGUGGUUGGGGUCAUCACCCAUAUGCUAUUCAUCUGACAGAUCUAUUAGAAUCUAUUAAUAUUCCAGUGAAUAUCGAUCAACGAGGUGUAAGUGGUGAGCUAGUUGUACCAACGAUGGUUGAUAGACUUCAUAGUAUUCUAGAAAAAGAUACCUCAUACGAUUGGAUCGUCAUAUUAGGCGGAACAAACGAUUUUGCUGAUUCAACAUCACCCGAAAAUAUCUUUGAGAAUGGUUUGAAACCAAUGUACGAUAUGUGUCUCAAUCAACCGCAAACAAAAACGAAGUUAGCUGCUAUGACUGUUAUUGAAAACGCAUAUGAUUCACCAUCUCAUGAAGAUGAUAAAGAAAGACAAGAACUAAAUCAAAUGAUUCGGGAUUAUGUGGCCAAUACUGAUAAACCAGAUAGGGUUUGUUUAGUAGACCUCGAUAAAAGUAUACCAUUUCAUAGUAUGAACAAUGACGAACGGCUACAAAUUUGGGAUGAUAAUGAUCACUUAACACCUGCUGGGUAUGAUCGCAUGGCUACAUUAGUGUUUAAUGUAAUCAAAAAUAAACUAUAA